AUGACUUCCAACCAGGCGUCUAGCGCCUCUAGUCGUAUAGAGAUUGUUCCUUAUUCGCCUCCGGCGAGCAAGAAAGGCAUUCCUAUUGAGCGGCCUUAUAGCUAUUACAAGGUCGCACCCAAAUUACCACAGAGCGUAACUGUUAUUGACUCGCCCUUUGGUCCUCCGGAACCCGUUUCUACUAUAACUACAACCUCCCAGAGCCAUCGAAAUAUUGGGACUAGCUCUUCCAACUAUUUGAAACUUCCCUCUCAAUCAAACCCAUUCAUUCCACCAGCACAGUUCCAGCCUCCUACAUUGCAACAGCGACACCACCAUCAACAGAACCAGACUCAAUGUCAUAAUCACACCGCUUUACGGGAAGAUAGCACCAGGAAAGAGCAACCAUAUCCAGAGGAGUCAAUUCCUGCUAAAACAGAGCCAUCUUCAUCAGGACCUGGGGUCUCUAUGGCCAAUCAAACGAUAGCUUCGAACAAUACCACACGAGAUCAAUCCAACUCUGGUAAGCAUCUUCCCAAGGUCUCGGCAUGGACCGAAAUACAUGACUGUGUGCCCUCAGCCGUGUCGAAUGCAACUGAAGGCGCAACUCGACAGCCAUCAGAUAGGAUUCGACCAACGCGUAGUCGCAGCAACGGUAGUGGAUCACUUCAGGCAAGACAUCAAUAUGAACAAGAGCAACUUCAUCUGAAACAGGGACAAAACUCUAAUGUCGCAUUACAACAGCAGCCAAAGCAGCCUAUUCGUAAACUAUCGAGUGGUAAUUUGUUUCGUAUAGCUCGUCAGGCAUCAGACUCUGCAUUCCGAGGCAUGGGACUUUCAAGGAAGGCAUCGGAAAAAAACCAAAAGAGCUCCCAAAAACAGGAGAUAGGUACUUCAUCUAACUUUACGACGUAUGAGCAAACAGUACAGGCUUCGAUCCAGCAAAAUAGUAGUCGGUCGCACAAAGUGCAUCAGCAUGAAGAUGCUAUAGGACGCAUAGAUGCAAACAGUGGCAAUGGAAGCCUCGGUCAUCAGGACCAGAAUUAUGAAACCUCGAAGGGAUCCGAUACUGAUUUGGGACGCAAUAGGCCUCUGCUUGAUGUCAAACCAUCUAACGCAUCUGAUCAUCGGACACCCACUAGAGGUAGCUCUCUCAACGAUCAAAAGACACCCACCAAAGGUAGCUCUCUCAACGACCCAAAGACAGACUCUGGGGCUUUCCACAGUCGACAAAAGGCCCAGCACCCUUUACAAUACCCAUACCAAGAAGCAACUACCAUGUCGAAUGAACCUAUUAUAACCAUAGAUGCUUCUUUGGUAGCAAAUGUCAUCCAGGACGCUUAUGGAGGAACAACAGAUGACUGGCGACAAGCACAGCAGGCAGAAAAAGAGGCCUCAGAGCGAAUGAAUAUGAAGGACUCUGAUCCUCAUGAACGUUCCCGCCACACUUCUAUAAACUCUGUUAGCACUUUGAAUCUACCCCCAUCAGCGACUGUACAGCAACCAAUGUCGUCUCUUGAUAGGUCGACUAGUAGAAUGCUAAUUCCUGAUAGGGAUAGGUCAGCGCACCAAUUAGGCUCCAUGAACCCUUCUAUGAAUGCUGGACAUCACGAUGGGGCAUCUGAGCCAACAGUGGGAAGCCUAUCCCUUGCUAAAGCUACUGUUCAGACCGGAGGUAUUUUGGCUCAGUUGAAAGCAGCAACAGAUGCUGGACAGGUAGUUGAUCCUCUCCGAGAGAUCUGGUCUCAGAAAGAAGGUCGCUACAUCCAGCGAUCUAAUACCGCUCCAUAUUCUCAUCGUGAAGACAGGACAGCCCAGGAAGAGGGAAGCCCCGGUUUUCUCUCUAAAAAUGGACCAAAAGGCUCACUGGAGUAUAGUAAAAGUGAAGGUUAUACGGCUAUUUCUCGUAACAACCGACAGCAAAAACGAACUCAAGACCAAUCACAUCAACAACCAAAGCAGCAAGAGGCCUCACCGCCUCUACCACCGCCACCGCUUCAUGAUAAUAGCCAACCGAUACCGAUCAAUGAUCAACUACCAGAAGUUCCUGCCAAAGAUCAGCAACAUGAUCAAAAUGGGGCAUACAACCAAUCCUAUCAAUCGUCUAGCCAUCAGCUCUUUCAUGAUCAGCCUCAGCAGCAUCUCAAUCACCACCAACAGCAGCGAUAUGCUCUCUCCAGAUCGCGAGCCAUGUCUAACGAAUCUUUGUUGUAUGCCAACAAAGAUCUGCCUCCAACCCCUAGCCGGACGCCAUUGCCUGCUGCUGUUCAGGAAAUUGCGGACCAACAGGCACAAAAUCGCCGAGCAGAUUCCCGGUCCCAGGCGCAACGACGACCUCGCUCGCGUAGCGAGAGCACUCCAGGAAGCGCCAGACGCCCUCGUCAACCAGUCGCGGACUGGGGUUCAGGCGCAUCCAUGGCUUCUAAAGCUCCCUCGCGUUCAAUGACCCCUCCACCCAAUAGGCUGAUUUCACAUGAGCAAUCUUUCAGCCAUGGGAAUAUCCUUCGUGGAGGGAGCAACGUUCAACAUGGUUCAAUACAAAGCAAUCCGGUAGCAGAUCAAAAAGAGCGGAUUCAGUAUGGGAACGAUUUAUUGCCGUUGCCAGUGAUCCCUUCACCAGAUGAGAGUCUUAAGAAAAAUGCCAAUUUGGGUAUUUUGCCUCAGGAAGUCUUAAAAACUCUAGAUUCUCAAACCAUUCAGAAAAUUAUUACACAGGCUGUCAUUGCUAGCCGUGUCUAUAAAGCAUUGUCUUUCGAAGAGGUUGAGAGCCUAAAGAAGGAAGAAAGAGAUCUCCAAAAGUAUGUCGAGGCGCUCAACGUAUCUCUUAUAAUUGAGACCCGAAUGCGUGACGCAUCUCACUCUUUGAUCCGCCUUCAUGAGACCAAUACUAAUAUCGAAGCAGUAAAGACUACAACAAACCAGUUACAUGCCACUACUCGUAAGAUGGAUCAGAUAGUCCAAAAGUCACAUCAGUCCAUGGAACGACUUUUGGAGAUUCAGCGCUUGCUUCUUCAACAUGAAGGGGCAGUCUUAAAUGCGGGUAUGCGACGCCUGGAUGGUGAGAAUAGAGAGCUUACAAGAAUGAUUCACGAACUGGAAACAGCCAGAGACAAAGAGAAAGAGGAGAAGCUCAAGUGGAAAAAGGAGCAUUCGCAGCUCCGGAUACAGAGCAUGAUCUUCCCAAAUCCUCCAGGCAUAGAGAAUUAUACGAAUGCAUUAGCUCAAGGUGAUAGCGUCCCUUUCACCGCACGAGAAUGUAACUCUCCUUCGGUUAAUCGGUCUCAGCAGCAGCAACAGCAACAACAGCAAUCUGGUGAAAUCACCAUGUCGCCUUCUCAUCAACAACAACCCGAUGCCCGCCUGGCCGCCUUAGAGAAAUACAUGAGAGAGCUCAACGAAGAGAUCAACAAAAAGGAUGAGAGUAUCGGCCAGUUCGAGAGCCAGUUACGUCUGAUCAAUGACUGGGCAAAAGAUUUUCCAGGCUUCCUCAAAGUUAAGCUCAACGUUGAAGAAUACUCCGAAGAUAUGGCAUUUCCAACAAUGCUGUCCGCUGCAGAGCGAGGAGCCAACCUCCAGAAGCGACUGAUACAACUUCAAUCUAGGGUCGAGGACGGGUUCCGAGCUUUAGAAGCUAAUGCACAUGAACUGGAGCUAAAAGCAAAGGAUGCCGAAGACGCCAAGAACAGGGCACUCGAGUUUGCAGCAACAGCCCUAGCAAAUUCAGCCAUGAUACAGGAUACCGAUAGUUCUACUCAACCCUCGUCUAAGUCGAGCCGAGGAGAAGCUGCACUAUCGGGAUCCAGGCAACGAGAACAGUAUCAAUCCCAACCGCAGCCGCAGCCGCAGCCACAGCCUCAGCCUCAGUCGCAUCCUUCUCGUCUGCAGAGCCCUUCCAACCGUUCUAAAUCUCCCUUGAGCGAGACGCAUUAUCCGCAUUCCCAGCAUCCACUACAGCAUUCUUCUACCAACACUGUCGAUUCUGAUUUGAACAUGCUCAAUGGCAGCCUUUUAGAAUUGCAAAAAAUAACGUUCGAUGAUCAGCAAGCUUCCACAUCUUCUUUUUCAUCCGUAUCGCCUUUACCUUUACCUUCAUCGAGUGGCUCUUCAGCACUCGCACCAGGCCAUGCUACUGCAUCAAGCCGACAUUUAAGCAGAGGAGACAAUGUAAAUCAACAAGAGCUGGCUCGGCGCACUCCUUAUUCAAAGCAGAAGCUCAAGGAUGAUUUUGUGAUUGGAGAUGCGCACGAGGAAAUCAGGCGGCUCAACGCUAUGGUUGAUGAACUUGAACGUGUGGUGAAGCUGAGGAUGCUUCAGGAGAAACAAUAG